CACAAAGGGAAUCCUCUUAACCAGGUAAUCUCUGCACCCAUCUGCCGUUACAGUCAUCCACCACAUCCAGCCUCCACCGGCAUGACAUUUGCCUGCUCGUCUCUGUGUUCCAGCAGAAGACCAACACAAGAUCAUGCUGGUGUCUCCUCAGGCUGAGAGGAACUGGGAGAGCCUGUGUUCAGUUCUUGAGGAGGUUCUGGAGGAGCAGUCCCACAGGCAGCUGUUCGGCUUAGAACUGGGCUCAGGAACCGGCCAACAUGUCAUACGCUUCGCCCAGAAAAUACCAUUUGUCACCUGGCAGCCAUCAGACAUCAAGCAGGAGUCACGGGACAGUAUUAAGGCGUACAUUGCUGCGACCAACGCAAAGACUGUGCUGCAGCCGGUCCACCUGGACGCCAGCGAACCCUGGGAAAAGUGGGCGGGCCUUCACAACAACUCCUGUGAUGUCAUCAUUGCUAUUAACUUACUGCAGUACAGCUCCUUCAAAACUGCACAGGGUGUUUUCAGCGGGGCAGGUCAGCUCCUCAAACAGAACGGCCUUUUGAUGACAUAUGGAGUGUACGCUAUAAAUGGAAUCAUCACACCCAGCUGUAAUGAACGACUAGAUGCAGAACUUCGACAAUUAAAUCCAGACUGGGGCCUUCCAGACAUCGAUGUCCUGAGACAGCUGGCCUAUGGGAGCGGACUUCGGAUGGAGAGGAUGAUUGAGAUGGACGAUUACUACAAAUGCCUAGUUUUCAGAAAACUUUAAAGAAGACAAACAUCAGAGGAGAAAACAUGCUUUUUUCUACACUAUCCAUUAAAGUAGUCAUGGAAAAAAUUAUUAGACCAUCAAAAGUCGUCAAAAACAAUGGUUAUGCAAUCAAGUACUAACUCUUGUGUGUAUCAUGUGACUAAAACAGAGAAACAAAAAUAUGCAGUGUUUUGGAAGUACAAUGCCAUAGCUAUUGAUGUAAAAAUUGAAGUGAUUUUGGUUAUCAAAAAAAAAAAAAAAAAAAAAAAAAAAA